CUGGAACUCUCUACUGCCUUCCAGCUGGUAGCAUUUGGUUAUGUGACAUGUGUCAAGAAGAAAUUAUUCUGUACCUUUCUCACAAGCCACAGAAAUGAUUUGUUUUUAGAUGCAUUUGCAACAUGUUCCUAUCUGGAAUGCUGCCCCUUUCUCCACUGCCACCACCUGGAUAUUGGUGGGACUUUCCUAGCUUUCCAUAUACCACAUAUCCUCUAUGGCAAUGUCUGAUAAAGGCAAAAGGAAGCCUUCCUUUAAAGAAAAAUAGUCUCCUAAUAACAUUCAUCAAAUUCAGGGUGAUAGCAAGAUCAUUUUGUAGUCUUCUUUGAAUAUGCUUAAAUAGUAUAGAAUUUUUAAACUCAUAAUACAAAAUCUCCCCUAAUGGAUGUAUAAAAACACUAGUCUCCUUGUAUUGUCAUGGCAAUCAUGUAAUCCUGAAACCUGUUUGUAUGUGUCAUGCAUAUCACAGAUUCUACCUCCCGAUCAAUGGAGAUAGUUUCAACUCAGACAUUUUAACAGCUGUAAAUAAUUCCAUAGCACAAUUGUAACAAAAUCCUACUCUUUAUAUAGUGAUGCAUAUUUAGCUAAUUGUUGUUUAAUCAUAACUUAACUUAUUAGCACAUAGUAGUAGGAAUUGGCACCCAGGCCUCUAUAUGAAGUUGCACACGUAUAGAGGGCUGUCUCUUACCUACAUCUUGUCAUUUCCUGUCACUGUGGGUAGUCUUUCCUCUUCCACUCCCAGACACUAGUUCCUACCAGCCAAUGUUAUUUGCCAUGAGGGACAAGAAGUGACCCUGGCCUGGGUAGUUAGAAACCGUAUCUUUCUAGAUACAAUGUUAAUAAUAAUUUGCUCCUGUGGUACAGAGCAUACUGCUUUAAGAGCUUUUAUUAUGCUUCAACAGUAAAAGAUGUAAGUUUGUAAGUUUGGUCAUCAUUUUCUAACAUGUCACUUUGAAGUUCUCACAUUUUGCAUUUAAAAUUUUUUAUUUUUGAUACUAUAAAAUAAUUACACCAUUUACUCCCUCCAACCUCCCCCCACAUAUCCGCCCUACUCAUUUUGUUAAAAUUGUAGAUGGAAGGCAGUGAGAAUACAGUGGGUCACCCUGAUGGUGACCUUUGUCCUCUAACCUCCAUUUUUUGCUUCGUCAUAUAACCCUAAUUUACAUUGAUAUGGUAAAAAAUUUAAAGUUUUAAAUCAGAGAAAAAUUAUGCAUCAUCACUCUCUUUCUUUCAACUUCUCACAUAUCCUAGUCUAUCAUUUUCCCUGCAGGGUGCAGUGAGUUCUAAUAUGAUUUGAUUUUCCUCCUUUAACCACUUCCCUUAGGUUAGCUCUGGUCAGGGUUUGGGUGACUGCUGAGGCCUCCAGGAGGAGCAAACAAGAACCCACGGAUGGAGCCGUAGAUUCAUUGUUGGCCAAGUCCAGGCUGUAGAGGGCUGUCCUUCGCUAUUCUUUCAUCUGUACACCCAGUUUUUGGUUUAUACGGAUCUCUGUUUCCUGCCAUCAUUUAUGCGAUAUUUGGAAUGGGACGCCAUGUUGCCACAGGCACCUUUGCCUUGACGUCCUUGAUAUCAGCCAAUGCUGUGGAACGGCUGGUCCCUCAGAGCAAUAGAAACCUCACCACACAGAGCAACUCAAGCGUGCUGGGCUUAUCGGAGUUUGAGCUGCAGAGAAUCGGGGUUGCAGCAGCCGUUUCAUUCUUGGGCGGAGUGAUUCAGCUGGUCAUGUUUGUGCUGCAGCUAGGCAAUGCCACAUUCCUGCUUACGGAGCCAGUGAUCAGUGCCAUGACCACCGGCGCUGCCACCCAUGUUGUGACGUCACAAGUCAAGUAUCUCUUGGGAAUAAAAAUGCCAUAUAUAUCUGGACCACUGGGAUUCUUUUAUAUCUAUGCGUAUGUUUUUGAGAACAUCAAGUCUGUCCAGCUGGAAGCACUGCUCUUGUCCUUGCUGAGCAUUGUUGUCCUUGUCCUCGUUAAAGAGCUGAACGAGCAGUUUAAGAGAAAGAUUAAAGUUGUUCUUCCUGUCGACUUAGUUUUGAUCAUUGCUGCCUCAUUUGCUUGCUAUUGUACCAACAUGGAAAACACAUACGGAUUAGAAGUAGUUGGGCGCAUUCCAAAAGGGAUCCCUCCGCCCCGUGCUCCCCCAAUGAACAUCCUCUCCGCAGUGCUCACGGAAGCUUUCGGAGUUGCACUUGUAGGCUACGUGGCCUCGCUGGCUCUCGCACAAGGAUCUGCCAAGAAGUUCAAAUAUUCAGUUGAUGACAACCAGGAAUUUUUGGCCCAUGGCCUCAGCAACGUGAUUCCUUCAUUUCUCUUCUGCAUCCCAAGCGCCGCCGCCAUGGGAAGGACAGCUGGUCUGUACAGCACGGGGGCAAAGACACAGGUGGCUUGUCUAAUAUCUUGCAUUUUCGUCCUUAUAGUCAUCUAUGCAAUAGGACCCUUGCUGUACUGGCUGCCCAUGUGCGUUCUUGCAAGUAUUAUUGUUGUGGGACUGAAAGGAAUGUUAAUACAGUUCCGGGAUUUAAAAAAAUACUGGAAUGUGGAUAAAAUCGAUUGGGGCAUAUGGAUCAGCACUUACAUUUUUACAAUAUGCUUCGCUGCCAACGUGGGACUGCUCUUUGGUGUUGUCUGCACCAUAGCUAUCGUGUUAGGGCGUUUCCCAAGGGCAAAGACUUUAAGCAUAACAGACAUGAAAGAAAUGGAAUUGAAGGUGAAGACAGAAACGUAUGAUAACACAGAGAACUGGCCUCCUUCCAAAAGCACCAAUGUCAAGGUCUUUCCAGGUAGCCUGAAAACAGGAAGUAACGUCAGGAGUCUUUCUGUGACACCCAGGAGAAUGGAAAACUCGCAACAGAUAAAAAUCAUCUCAAUAAACAACCCACUUGUUUUCCUGAAUGCAAAGAAAUUUAGUGCUGAUCUUAUGAAAAUAAUCCUAAAGGAAACUGACGGCAGCCAAGCACUUGAUGAUGUCAGCAAGUGUGAACAGAACACCUUGCUCAGUCCCCUGCCCAACGGGAGCUGCACUGAAGAAGCCUCCCAGCCCUGCCCCAGUGAGAAGUAUUCUUUGGUCCUGAAUUGCAGUGGCUUGACCUUUUUCGACUACACAGGAGUCUCCACACUUGUUGAGCUCUACCUUGAUUGCAAGAGCAGGAGUGUGGAUGUGUUCUUAGCCAACUGUACAGCAUCCUUGAUAAAAGCGAUGACAUACUAUGGAGACCUAGACACUGAAAAACCAAUUUUUUUUGACUCGGUAGCCACUGCAAUAAGUGUCAUCCAAUCAAAUAAGAAUUUGAGCAAGGACACUGACCACAGUGAAGUCUGAGGUCCACGCAUUGAAAUGCACAUCUCAUCUUUAGCACCUGCCCCAAAGAGGCCAGAUACUGGCAUUUUGCACUCAUUUUGGUGUAUAUACUGUAUAUCUCUUAAUUAGAAUGAUGUGAGUUGGCAACUGGAUAGCCACUGGCCAAGACUUGCUGACAUCCUAUUUUUUCUAAUUUUUCUUAAUAAACAGAUUCAUUAGUUAUUUCAUAUAGGCAUCAAUAUGCAUGUAGCUUUAGUUUAAUGAACAGUAAACAUGCUUUUAUUUCCAGUUAUAAGAGUAUUUUGUAUGGUUUCAUUUUUGUUGUAAGCUAACAAAUGGAGAAAUAUUUUUAUCAGAAAUGGUUUGGAUUAUUUAUAAACCAUUCAUAAAAAAAUUAAGAUCAUCUAGUACAUAAAAAAGUAUUAACAAAUGUGCCAUUUCUCCAUAGUUUUUAUCCCAAAAUUAUUUGAACAUCAGUUAGAUAAAGUAUCACUUUUAUACAGGGAAAAUGAAAUCCAUAGAUAUAAAACAAGUGAGAAAGAGACAAAUUAGAAGUUAUUAAUGUCAAUGCCCAUCAACACACUCACUCUGACAAUAUUCAUAUAUUCAAUUAUGAGUUCAUAUUUGGAAGAAAACUAAUGUUUUAGCAAAACUAAGUUCUUGAUGUUUAUCUGCUGAAUUGUGGAUACUGGAGACCAUUUGUGUGUUUAAUCAGAUAACUCUGACUUCUGCAUUGCAACACAUAAGAUAUUCUGCUUUCAAACUUCUUUCUUGCAAUCAGAGAAUAUGAGAAUUUGAUAUGUAUUUUUUCAAAAAUAUGCAUUUUUCAAUGAUAAAAUAUCAUAAGUAGAAUGCUUUUGUGCUUUUGGAUACAAGAUUAACCCUUAGAAAUUUUGAAUUUUCUAUUUGAGAUAUAAAAAGUCAACAAAAUAUAAUAUGUUAUUGAUCUAUACCAAGAUAGAUAGAUUGAAGAUAGAACGACAGACAGACAGACAGAAGACAGGUAGACAACAGACAGAUGACAGACAGAUCUCCAAGGUAUGUUUUCCAUUUUCUUUUGUUAGAGAUGAGCUUGAAUGUGAUUAUACGUAAAUUUGCUAAUACAAUAGGAUAAUUUAUAACACUAAUGGCCAGAUAUAAGUGUAAACAUUUUUCAUACUUGUAUAUUUUAUUUUUAUCUAUAUACAAGAAUGAAAUUUCACAAUUUUUUAAACAAAUUGUCUUAUAUAUGAAGCCACAGAUUAAAUUAUGAUUUAUCCUUAAUAGCAUCUAAAACAUUCUACAAAGUUAGUAACGCUGUCAGAAAAAAAAAAAACAAAACACAAAAAAAAAAAAAACAGCAAAGGGAGUUUGAAAAGCAAGUUAAAAAUUGGCCUUCUGGUGUGGUUCUUAUGGGCAUCUGUAAGAGCAAAUUCUAACUCCUGUCCAAAUGACAGAGUGGAAUAGUCCUUCGCCAGUGCAAGGUAAACAUUUACACAAUCCACUGUUUUAACACCUCACUCUUUGGCAGGAUGAAAUAAUAAGUGAAAACUAAAAAUAGCGCUCUAAAUUUUCAUGGUCAUUUUCAAUUUUUACUGAAACAAAUUCAAAAGUCUUGUUCCCCCAAAUUGCCCCAAUUUCUUCAUCACUUAUUGGGGUAGUACCAAGUAAGGUGACCAGUAUUGCUCAUCAGAUAGGUUUCUAAGGGAAGUCUGAGGGAGAAUUAGAAAGGAGUUUUAUUCUGCGUCAUCCACUUCCCUUACUCUAUACGUGCAGAGUGGUGGACUCUACCUUGUAAUCAGGAGUCAUGCGAAGCCAAGAAAAGAAAUAGAUUAUGGUGCAUAGAAAGUGAUAUUUUGCUAUACAAAUUUGACCUUAAUUAAAUUCAUGAGUUGUAGGCAUUUUUAAUUUGUUGUAGAUGAUGGGCCUUGGGUGACAUUAAAGUCAUUAUAGCUAUUUGUUGGAUAGUUUUUCUGUUUCGUUGUGAAUGCUCAGACAGUAUUGUCUGAGAAACUGCAUCUGAGUGCAUUUAAGUAUAAGCUUAAUGCAUAAAAAGUCAACCCCAUCAAUUUCAGUAUCAAACAUUGUUACAGCCAAAACAAGAAAGACAAGACCACACACUGUAUAAAGUCCACUGCUCUAUAGUUUAUGCCAAGACCACAAUCUUUUUAACCCAAAGAAAGUCUCUUAAUUAAGGUCCAAGGCUCCAAGAACUGCACAUAAGUUUUAGACAUACAAGUGUUUAUUUCAAAGCAGACUCAGAGAGCAGAGAAGCUACAACAUGGCUCUAGUGUUGUAAUAUUUUCUAUCAGCACACUGACCUAUUCUGAGGGGGCCAUGUUAAUUUUAUAUGAUAAACUCCUUCCGUAGUACUUAUUAUAGUAAAAUAACAUAGAAAACUGACCUAUACGAGUGUUAAGAACCUAAUAUGGCAGAUAUGAAAUAUGUAACCAGGAAAAACUGUUAACAUUAAACAUCACAUUUAUGCAAAUUAAAUGCCCUUAAAAUUUUGCCAUUCGUCUUUCAUUUUUAAAGGUUAUUUGCCCUCAAUUAUGUAAUUUCAGUGUUAUAAAGUUUAGCUUAAACUACUUUGCAAUAAUUUAUUUGACAGAUCUCCGUUCUAUAAACCAUGCAAUGUAAUGAGGCCAGAGAUCUUUCUUUUUUAAUGAAAACAUUAACAUGUUAAUAUCCCACAUGAAUGAUGCUUGACAUUCAACGAUUGUCGAAAUAUGUUGGUAUGUUGCUGAACAUACACACACCUCUGAAAUGCCAGUUCUGCGUUCUGUGGGCUGAUGAUCUGACUCAUCGUGUGACAUAUGCUUUCUGGCAGUGAGUUCAUUGCCAGAGUUUAAACAGGGAGUUACGGUGCUCAUGGCGCUUUCAGAACCCAAAGAUUUGUGGUUUGGAAUCAUGUAGUCUAGUAUGCUGCACUUAUUUUUAUAUUUUUAAUGCACUUAAUUAUUGUUUUUACAAUUAUUUGUACUAACUCAGCAUGUAACAACCAAUUUACAUGGAAAUAAAUUGAAAUAUGAUAACUACAA